AGAUUUCAGAAUGUUUAAAGCUAUCAGAUGUCAGUAAACUCUAUUGAGCCGCUAAUCAGAUCAGCCAGACAUGAAGAGGACAUGGCAAACGAGAUCGUGACGAAAACAGUCAAGUUGGUGCGGGGUCCUCAGGGAUAUGGCAUGUACUUGCGAGAGGCGUGUUCAGUGGAUAAAAUAGCAAGCUUCGUGCCAACAGAAACCAAACCAAGCACUCAGCUAAUAAUAGACUGCGAUAAAGGAGGUGUUGCUGAAGGAGCAGGGCUACAAGCAGGGGACUUCAUCAUUGAGGUAAAUAACGAGGAUGUGCGCAAGAAGCCUCACACAGAGCUACUCCUCUUAGUUGGGUCUUUACAGACUGAAGUUUGUCUGAAAGUUGUCCACGUCCCCAAGUUCAAGAUUCUCUCAUUCGAAGCUAAGAAGUUCAGAAAGGAGAAGAAAGAGGAACAAAAAGUUUCUGAUACUCCGACCGGAGAUAAGACAGGUGCUCCGGGAGGCAGCCCGUCGGCAAGAAGGAGGAGGAUAAAAGUGCUGCCAAAGUCGGAGUCAGAGGAAAUGAAACCUGAUGAGGUGUUUGAAGUAUCUGCUGGGGACGAUCCUAACAAGAAGAAACCCUUUGCUAAUGUACAGGCCCCCGUUAGAAUCCUCCCAACAAACUGUGACGCGUCCACAAUAUGGGAGCAAGCUAAAGCCAUGCAAGCGCGGAGGAAGGGGAGUAACCCUUCAGCGGAGCAGGAGGAUGAUAGUUUCUUACCGGACACUCCGCCAGAGGACAGGGACCCUGAUGCUAUUAUACAAGUGUGUCGAGAUCACCCUUAUAAAUGGGAUGUGUACCAGACAGGGGUCUGGGUUAAAAGUUUCGGACUCCCAGACGUAGCAGAAGUGUUCGAACACCAUGAUAUCAAGGGAGAGCAUCUCAAAUACAUCAGCACGGAGGACCUGCGGGGUAUAGGUAUAACUGACGAGGGGAGUCUAACCCGAAUAGCGAAGGAAAUUACCAGACUUCUGACGAAAUACGACAGCACUGGGCACGUGUAAGCUCGCACUGGGCACGUGUAAGCUCGCACUGGGCACGUGUAAGCUCGCACUGGGCACGUGUAAGCUCGCACUGGGCACGUGUAAGCUCGCACUGGGCACGUGUAAGCUCGCACUGGGCACGUGUAAGCUCGCACUGGGCACGUACGUAAGCUUGCACUGGGCACGAGUAAGCUCGCACUGGGCUCGCAGUGAUAAUUUUAUGUUUUAGUGGAGGACCAUGAAUUUUAAGCUUACAUUCUUUCAGGGUUUUUUAAUUUUAAGCUUGAAAAUACAUUAUAUAUAUUGUACAUAAUAUAUUAAGAAUUUGCAGAAUUGUGCAAGAGGGCAGUAGUAUUUGCAUUGUGAAGAGGUAUGAGUAACAUGUUAAGCUAUAAAGUCGUGAUCCCAAUAAUCACAUCCUUCUCGCAUUCAAGUUGUGUUUUUGCAGAAAACUUGGUACAUUUUUGCAUUUUAGCAGAAAAAGUAGUACACGUUGAUAUAUGUACAUUUUAUUUGAUGUAUGAAGUUUAUUUUCGGUAAAAAUUGUAAAUAAUACAAUCAAUUUACGCUAAAAGUAAAACGAAUAAAAACUUGUAGUC